AUGGGCUCCGCUAACGCCGACUCUCCAGGACCGCACCUCGUGCCUCUCCCCAUCGUCUUCCCCAAGAAGCAGGGCGACGUGCCCCCUGCCGUUCGCACGCAGGCCCGUUCGGCGACGAUUCUCCCCAGCUUCGUCGGGCUCAAGUUUGAGAUCCACAACGGCAAGGACUACCACCAGGUUCUGAUCACCGAAGACAUGGUCGGCCACAAGCUCGGAGAGUUUUCACCGUGCGCUCCCCUUUUCGUGGCAAGCCGACGAAGCCGGAUCGCUGACGUCGCCCAGGACGCGCAAGCCCAACAUUUGGGAUAG